AUGUCCAACAUCAACAGAGUCAAGAAACCAAAGAUCCAUAACUCCAAAUCUUCAGAUCGUCGUUUGGCAUCUGGUGUACGACCAGAAUCAUUCUUAUUAUCACAACAACAAAAUAACUUGAAUAUAAAAUCACAAUCAACAACACCAACAACAGGUGCUAAUAAUACCACAAAUAAUACUAAACCACACAAUAAACAACAUCAUAAACCAAAUAAGAAUUUCAAGAAACAAUCCUAUGGAAAAGAUCAUACAUUAGAUGAAUGGGAUCCAAAACAUUUUAGAUUAUUCGUUGGAAAUUUAGGUUCAGAUGCAAAUGAUGGUAUAUUGAUGCAAUCUUUUGGUGUAUAUCCAAGUCUUACAAAAGUUAAAGUACCCAUGGAUCAUAAGAAUGAAAAUAAAGGUUAUGGAUUUGUUGCUUUCAGUGAUCCAAAUGAUUAUUUAAAAGCUUUUAAAGAAUUGAAUGGGAAAUAUAUUGGUCAUAAUCCUUGUGUUUUGAAAAAAGCUAAUGAUUUAAAGAAGAAGUAA